AUGAUGAUGACUAACUCAAUGACUGUAUUAUUUUUCCUAUUGGCAUUGUAUUGGACGUGUACAAGAGGUGAUAUACCAUCGAUUAUCAUUAACCAGAAUCAUUACCAUUCACAACAACAAAUCAAUAUUAGUACAAUUCAAUGGUUAAAACGUGUGUCGAAUAUAACUGAAAAGAGUGGAAAAUCAAUUAUAUUAGAAUGUAAAGUAAACUCAACCUAUCAACCAGUAACAUUUCAAUGGUAUAGAUUUAAUGCGCCAAUUGAUUUGAAAAAAUAUCAUCUGAAUCAAACAGCACUAUCGUCAACCAUACGACUAUAUCAUCUAAGAGAAUCAGCCGCUUAUACGUGUGAAGCGUCGAAUGGACAUCAAACAAUAACAUCAACUGGACUAAUCCAUGUUCAAUCAGAUAAUGUCGACAUCCCUAAUUUUAGUAAUUCAGAAGAAGACGAUGAUUCUCUCCCAUCCGCAGAUUUUCAACCUGUCAUUCUUACAAAUAAUGACCUCUUAGAACGACAACAACAACAGCCAAAAUGUGAAUUAUAUCGUGGUACGAUGUGUCGUUCGGUUAUUGGUGAUCGAUACAUUUCAACUGAACAAAAUCAAGAUGAUAUUGAACGUGGACUAAGAGAUGGUAUAGAAUUAUUAAAAAGUCAUACAUUACCAAAUGAAUGUCGCCGUUUAGUAUUGCCAUUGAUAUGCUUAUUUGCAUAUCCAGUUUGUGAUAAUGAGCGAAUAAAUACGAGACCUGUUUGUAGACGAACAUGUGAAUAUUUUCAAGAUGUGGCAUGUUCUACAAUUCUUGAACAUAGACCAUAUUCAAAUCAAGUGUUUCAAAAUAUUCCAGCUUGUAAAAGUUUACCACCGGCGAGUGAUGAUUCAUCAUGUAUUAGUUUAGAUAAAGAUGGAGAUACAGCUAAUGGUCAAGAUUGCUACACAGAGAGUGGCCAAAAUUAUACUGGUCUUCGAAAUCAAACAAAAUUCACUCGUCCCUGUCUGAAUUGGCAUGAUGUUUGCAGAAGCGAAACUGAUAGGGAUGACUGUUCAAAAGAAGCUCGUCAUAACUAUUGUCGAAAUAUCGAACGUUUAGAAGCUGAACCAUGGUGUUAUGUGCGACGGAAUGAUGGCAUUGAGCGAGAAAUAUGUGGACUAUUAAAUUGUGGUGAUUAUGGUCAUGUUUACCAAGGUGAGAUAAUUGGUUUCGAUAAUUCGUCGUCGAUUCCCACAAAAUGUUUAAUAAAAACAUUACAUACAGACAGUAGUCAACAAUUGAAAGAUGAAUAUGCACGUGAAUUAGAAUUAUUUUGUCAAAUAAAACAUUCGAAUAUAUCCUGCCUACUAGGUGUUAGUGUUAAACCUCAAGAUAGCAUGAUGAUGAUGUUCUAUGAAAGAUUAAAUGAAGGUGAUUUACACGAAUAUUUGCUCCAACGUUCAGCUUAUACAUCGACCAUUACACAUCAUACACGAGAUCUCAAUGAUUUCAUUUUUAUUUCAACUCAAAUUCUAAGUGGUAUGAUUUAUUUAACAUCACGUAAUUUUGUACAUAAUGAUUUAUCCUGUAAAAAUAUUCUUAUAUCGGAACAUAUGGAAUGUAAAAUAUCAAAUAUUGGUCGAUGUAGAGAGAAAUAUCGUGCAGAUUAUUAUAAAAUAGCUAACAGAUGUUUACCCGUCAGAUGGCUCUCGCUCGAAGCAUUACUGACCGGAGUUUAUAGUGAAAUGUCAGAUGUAUGGAGCUUUGGAGUUUUACUAUGGGAAAUGUUUUCAUAUGGACAACAGCCAUAUCAUGGAGCUACAAGCCCUGAAGCUAUUGAAAUGAUUCGUGAUCGUAAAUUACUAUCAUGUCCUGUAAAUUGUCCGAAAAAAAUAUAUGCUCUAAUGUGUGAUUGUUGGUCAGAAUUAAUCGAACUGCGCCCAACAUUUUCCGACAUUUACAGUCGAUUUAAACAAUGGGAACAAAAAUCACCGUCUAAUACAUCGUCAGUUGUCCAUGGUACAUGUAUAAAUUCGUCUCUACCAGUGUCGUCUGUCAGUAGUGGUUCAAGUAGUGGAAUGAAUCAUCAUAACCAUAAUGCAGCAUUUAUCAGAAGUAGUUUAAAUACAAUAUUAACGACAAACACAUCAGAUCAUCAGUUACCAGAAACAUUUGUAGCGCAAUCGUCACCUUCGACAUCAUCUUGUCAGAAAAAAUAUCGAACAUUAAUUGCAUCGCCAUCAACAACUGUUCCACUUUUAGCUAACGGUGAUAAAUCAUCUUUUACAAGAGAUAAUAAUAUUCGAUAUGAAGUGUGA